UUUUUUUAUACAUAUAUAUAUAAUUUGAAACAUGGCUGUUGCGGAGAUAGACGAAGUAUUGGAUCUAAUUGGAUUCGGUUGGAUCCAAGUGCUGAUGUUCUUGGCCUGCACAUUUGCCAGUAUAUUCAUUGUCAACGAAAUCAUAGGCAUCAAUGUGGUCUCCGUAGACAUAGCCUGUGAGUUCUCACUGAGCAGUUUGGAACUUUCUAUGCUAUCCAGUGCCGGCUUUGCUGGAUUAAUUUUGGGAUCGCAUUAUUCGGGCUUCAAGACGGAUCAGAUUGGACGGCGCAAGGUGAUGAUGUAUUCCUUAUGCAUGGCAGUAUCAUCGUCGAUGACUUCAAUAUUUAUGCCUACUUUCUAUUUAUUCGCACUGUUGAGAUUCAUGACCGGUUUGUUCGUCUCCGGUGCCAGUUGCAAUAACAUUACGUAUAUGUCGGAGUAUACCAAAGCCAAAUAUCGCGCUUCGAUCAUCAACUUUAUGUGCUACGCCUUUGCAGUCAGUGCCAUUUACUUGCCACUUGUAGCUUAUAUGCUGACGCCAAUGGAUCGUGUAUUGUUUACCAUGUACAAAUUGAAUUGGCAGGCUUGGCGUCUUAGUAUGCUUAUUAAUAUGACUCCUGGCAUUUUAGCCAUUAUCUUCUUUUCGACUCUGCCGGAGUCGGCCAAAUUCUUACUAUCCAUUGGGCAGGAUGAGCGUGCCUAUCAGACCAUCAAUCGUCUCUACAAAUCGAAGCGAAAGCAGGACUUGACCAGCGUCGGCAUCACAGGCGUUACUGAUCCCAACUCUCCCUCAAAUUUGGAAGAUAAUCGCAAUUGUUGCGUCAAAAUCUGGAGGGGCACGGCGCCACUGUUCCGGCAGCCCCUUGUGGGCAAUUUCCUGAUCUGCACCACCAUCCUCUGUGGCUUUUUAUUCGUAGGCUCUGCCAUUUCGUUGUGGUUCAUGGAGCUGCGUCAGUUGAUGGGCAGCAGGCGGAUGACCGUCUGUGAUAUGUUGCAGAAUAACGCAACGAGUAUCGUGAAGGCCGAACGGAUUUGUCCAUCAAAGACAUCCAACUUCAUCGACUCUGUCGUUUUAGGUGCCACCUUUCUUGGGUGCAGCAUUGCAGUCAGCCUAUUUUUACUAUGCAUGCGACAUUUUCAAAUUCUAUUCAUGUUUACGACUCUCGCAACCAUAUGCGGUCUAAGCCUCAAUAUGCUGGUGGAUACGGUGCCCAUCCUGGUGGCCACGGCGCUGUUCACUACGCUCUGCACCAGCUGCAUUCCACUGAUCUCAUCCGUUUUACUUGAUCUAAUGCCGACGCAUAUCAGAGGCAUGGCCAUCAGCAUGGGCUUUUUAUUUGCGCGCAUCUCGGUAAUUCUGGCUAAUAUUUUAAUGGGCUUUUGCAUGGUUCCCUACUGCUUGCUAACAUUUAAUCUUUUUGUGCUGAUUACAUUGGUGGUGGCGAUAUUAUCAUGUACUCUGCCCAAAUCGUAGACUGGAUUACUGGCGCCAUCUAUAGUUCAAGUUUUGUGCUGAAGGUGUAAAUUGCAUUAUCUGAUACGUAUAUUACUAUAAAUGUUCUUUGGUCGCAUCUCAAUAGUAAAUCGGAAUAAGAAUACA